CGGUAGGUGGUCUUGACGCCCGUGCCGGAGGCCAGCAAACGGCAAAAUGGCUAGGAGGAAGAGAAAGGGUGAAGGCGAGGGCUCUAAGGAGCCCUUCAAGCCCGUCAGCGAGGAGGAGCAGCGCGAGGCAAUUGGCCGGUGUUGUAUUUACAAGUACCUCACGAAGGGUCACACGCUAGAGAGUUGCAAAGGCAACUUCAAGAUGAAGUGCAAUUUUUGCGAUAAACCCCCUUUUCAGGGCAGUCAGAUGCGCGGGGCCGAGCACUUCACGAAGGGGAGGUGCCCGAGGGUGACACUUGAGAUACUUGUCGACAUUUGGAAUUGGACAGAGUACCCUUUCGACCAGCGGCGAGAGAGACAGGUGCGGGAUUACAUGGAGUACCGAGGCAUCGCGAAUAGGAGAGAAGUAGGAGUUGAAGGGGCGGAGGACGACGAGGUACAGAAUGUUUUGGACAAGGAUGGGGCGGACGUAGAGGGAGGAGAGCGGGACGACGAGGACGAUGAGGUGGGCACAGGGGGGGGAGUGAAGGCGGGACGCAGAACUCAUCAGACGAUGUCACAUGCGGCUAUGGAUGACUAUGGGAAGCGGAGGGCAGACAGUAAUCUUGCAGCAAGCGUUCUGGAGCAGAAACGCAUGAAGCAGGUCAGGAUGGACCAGGUGUACGAUCCGGAGUGGCAAGCCACCUUCGACCAUUUGUUCCUGCAGUGGUGGUAUAUUGGCGGUGUCCCAUUUGAGAGGGCUAGGAUGGCUGAGUACAGGGCCCUCUCACAUCAUCUACUGAAAAUGCCCAGGGGCAUGAAGCCUGCUUUUCCCCAGUUCAAGCGCAUUGCAGGCAGUGGCAUAGAGGAGGAGCGUGCACACAUAGCUGAUAAGCUACGUGACAUACGCGACCAGAUGGAGCACACGGGGGCUACCAUCCUCACGGAUGGGAGGAAGUCUCUCAACUCUGAGCCCAUUGUCAACUUCCUCGCAGCUGGACAGUCGGGCGCAUUCCUUUACACGACAGUGCGCAGGGACGCGGUUGAUGCAGAGACGGCGGACGUGGUCUUACGGCGGUGGAAGAAGGUGUUCGAAAAGUUCGGCGCGAAGAAGGUGAACGCGAUCUGCACGGACUCGGCAUCAAAACGAUCCCGAUCCAGAUAUCUGUCGUAUCCCUUGGCUCCCUUGUUUUGUCCAUCGCUACAACUUAAUGUUGUAAGACAUGGUCAAGGACAAGAAAUGGGCUAUCGAGUUGCUAACGAGGUCGAGGGUGGUUACAUGGUGAAGAUGUGCGCCAACAAGAAGCUCCUGACGUGUAGAGCGAGGAGGAGGGGACUUGUUUUGCCGUGGGGUGAUCUCGAGGAGGGGUUGGACGACGUCCCAGAGCCUCGCAGAUCAGGCACUUUACUGUCGGGAUCACUGACGGAUGACAAGAUCAGACGGCAGGCGUGCAAGAUGCAGCGUGCCUCGACGGUCCACCACCCCCCUUCGGUUCAGACUGUUUUCGGUCGUCGUGCGGCUCAUAUCGAGUUGUACGACGACGAGAUCGAGUACGAUCCGCCCACCGAUCCGCAGGCCGCAGAUGAGAUGGAGGUAGAGCCGUGGACGGACCCGGAGGACUUGGAGCAGGGAGGCAGUGAUGCACCUGACGCCGGUGAGGACUCCGGUGAGGAGAGUGAUCAUGUGGCCGGCAGUGAUAUGCGGUCAUGCGAUCAGCAGAGCCAUUGUGAGGUCGAUCGCCUUACCCGUCCGUUGACGAGAGCAGAGAGGAUGGCGGCGAGAGGCCAUAACCAGUCACAGGUUGUACCAUCUUCGAGCGAGGAUGACGGAGGUGACGACGGAGAUGCUGCUGAUGACGAGGGGGACGACGACGAUUAUAUGGGGUAUGGAGAGCACCCCGGACCUGCAGACCAGCAUGGGUUCGACCACGGCGACGGUGGUGGGGCAUUUGACAGCCGGCCAGUCACUGAUUCCUUUCUUCGUACUGGCACCGGCGUAGUGUGCAGAGAGCAUGGCGGCGAGCAGGGAUUUGGUUUGGCUGUGCCAGAGGGAUCGAUUCCCUCGGUCAUAUUCUGGACAGACUUCGACGUCGGCAGUACUCCCACUUCGGAGGCGAGGCACGGCGGGGUGCACGUUCGGACACCGGUGAGCGAUGUGGCACACCACAUAGGGGUGGUUUUUGGUGGAGCGAGUCCGGGGAUGUUGGCAGAGGCUGUUAGACCGAUAGGCAAGAGAGAGGAGAGCAGACGUGGCGACGGGGACGGCUAUAUGCCUCUGUCGCCGGUUCGAGGUGUUGCCAUACGGCUAGACAUGGAGCCUGUGGACGCACUUGAGGAGGAGCGGUUGAGGUUGAUGGUAGCAGGGUGUGUCAUGACGCAGCGGCUUGCGUUGGAGCAGGACAUGGCCAGGGCGAGGGAGAUGGGGUGUACAGUGGAGGAGGUCACUGCCGCCAGAGUAGCACGAGAGUGUACACACGGUGGUCCUGUGGGUGUUGGGGAUGGUGAAGGAGUCCGCGUGGAGGGACACGAGGACGAGGAGAACGUCUUCACCCCUGCGUUGGAUCAGACAGGUGGCGACGACGUCACUGCGGACGGUGUGACAGGGGCGGACGGUGUUGCCACUGCGGACGGUGUAGCCACUGCGGACGGUGUUGCCACUGCGGACGAUGUGGUCACUGCGGACGGUGUGACAGGGGCGGACGGUGUUGCCACUGCGGACGGUGUUGCCACUGUGGACAGUGUGGGCACUGCGGACGUAGGAGGGUUGCUUGGGAGCGAUCCCACUGAGGUUGAGGGGCAGGUGGAUACAGUACUUCAUGACGUUGCCGCAGUUGAUGGUAGCAGGGUAGCAGAUCACACUCAGGAUGGUCUUGUCGCGAUGGAUGAUGUGGUUAGAGGUUGUAUUCAGGACGAGCGACAGAUGGAUGGGGUAGUUCUCGCUGCUGCCAUUGACGCACGCGCGUCCGGCAUGUCCACACUCGAGCGCCACAGUGUCGGGAUUGAUCCGGUGGUGGGCAGGAGCAGGCAUAUAUCUGAGCGGCUUUGGAAGGCUGUGCCUUCAUCUUCUUUCGUGCCUGUUAGUCUGGCAGCACCUUCGGGGUUAUCGGGGGAUAUUGGGAGGUCUAUGGAGAUGGCUGACCUGUUCGAGCAAUUGACAGGUCAUAGGGUUAUCGAGCCGGGAGGGGUGUCAUGUGGAGAAGGCUCAGCAGGUUCAGUUCCUGCGGGGACACGACCGACAUGCACAGGGGCGGUGAGUGGACGAGGAGGCGAGUCUGGUGGCAGUGUUGUUGGUGGGGAAGGUGGCCGCACCGUUAUCGGCGGACGGUCAGGCCUUUCAGGUGGGAGUGUUGGUGGGGGAGGGCGCGACCAUGUGCAGGGUUCUCCUUCGCCUUUAUCGAAGAUGAAGGGGAAGUCUGUUUCGUGGAGCGGGAUCAACAGGGUCACCCGCAAACUCAAGGAUUGUAUGCCUGGGGUUACGGACGCAGUGGGCUGGGUACGGAAGGGAGACAGGUGGGAGCAUCCUGGUGUUGGAUCAUCAUGUGCCGCCGAGGGACGGGGUAGGACGAUGGUUGCACCGUCGUCACGACCGCCUGAAGCAGGGGCGACACAUCGCGAUGGGCAGCGUCGUCCCAGAGGGCGAUCGUCCAGACGUCCUUCGUCCACUGUCUGGCUUCCCCCCGUAUUGGCAGAGGACGUUACUCAUCGGGCCACAUUGGAGAGCAGUCGUGGAGGUUGUCUGUCGACUGAGAACGUUAUACCUAGGGAGGAGACGCGGCGUCAGACAGCGACAGGACAAGGUAGUCGGCGUGCCGCUGGGGGCCGCACGGAGGAUUCCGACACGAAUGGGGUGCCCAUGCAUAAGGGUACGAAGACGUACAACACCCUGACUGACAUUUUGGGACGUAUUGCUGCACAGAGUGCAGAGAGAGAGACAGAGCGUCAGGUGGUCGGGAGGAUGGCAGCCAUAGGAGUUGACAGUCACGCCGUGUCUGCACCACCAUAUUCAGGGGAGAGAGACGAGACAGCAGCGGCGGUCCCGCAAAGGCGGCGAGAGCACAUCAUAGACAAUGACGACACAAACGAUGGGCAGUGCAACGUGCCUUAGACCGGGACUUCGCUGUCGCAGGGAUGAUGUUCGUGUAUGUCUUUCUUCAUUUUGUAUUUUACAACUUGAUUUGUCCUUCUUCUUUUAUUUAUUUAUUUUUUUCUGAGUCUUUUUUGGUUAUUUUUCUUCAUGAUUUUGACGGUGCUGUGGGGUACCCUGGCUUCCACAACGAUGUUCACUGCUUAAUUACUUUUAUUGACAAUGUUCACUUUUUUUUCUCACUUUCGGUUUUGUGUUAGUGUAUUUCGGUUUGUUCGACUGUCUCAAACUCUUAGUUGUGUUUUGAUGAUUGCAAUUUUAUAUU